AUGCUGUUGGCGAUCACGUACGACAACCUCAAGAUGUUGGACCGACUGCUGGAAUUCGACGAGACCUACAACAAGAGCGGAAACCGGGGAAGAGGCAACGGCUGGAAUCGGUURCGGUCAAAUGACGACGUUAAGGGAAAUUACCCGGAAAAUGACAUCGAUUCGGAAGAGUUUCCGCAGUUCAUGACGCCACUGAUGUUGGCCACGCAGUGCGGCUUGUACGAGACGGUCGAAUACCUGGUGAAUCGCGGUCACAAGCUGGAUAGACCGCAUCCACCGCGGUGCACAUGCAGCGACAAGUGCGUGGCCGCGGCCGCACGCGGCGAUGUGGUGGCCGACAGCUGCGAACGGUUGAACGGGUACUGGGCCAUCAGCAAUCCGACUUUCAUGUGCACCACGUCGUCCAGUUCCGAUCCGGUACUCGAGUGCUUCCGGUUGCAUGAAGAACUGUUGCGGUGCGGAUCCACCGAACAGGUGCACAAAGCUACGUACACUUUUAUGGCCUCUCAGGUGAUCUAA